CAGCAACCUGAUUUUUCCCCAUCUUCACGCAUCGGCACUUCUCCUUAUCGCUCAGCCGCGCCGCCGCCGCCAUGAAGCGUUCCUUGGACGCCAUGGAGGCAAAGCCUGUGUUCCUCUCCAAGGAAGAGCGCCAGCGUCUCGCCCUCGAGCGCCGCCAGGCCGCAGUCGCCGACCAGCGCCGCUCCGCGCUCGACAUCCUCCAGUCGCUCCCCCGCCCUCCUCCACCGCCUCCUCCCCCGUCCAACCCCCCUCGAGACUCCUCAUCGUCCCACCGAGAAGCCUCCGACCGGGACCGGGACCGGGACAGGGACAGGGAGAGAGAUAGAGACCGGGAUCGGGACCGCGACCGCCGCCGCGACGACGACUCCCGCCGGGACCGAGAUCGUGAUCGGGAUAGGGACCGCGACCGAGACGAGCCUUCCCGCCGGGACCGGGACCGGGACCGGGACCGUGACAGGGAGCACCGGGAUAGGGAGCGUGGGGAGCGGGACAAGGACAGAGAGAAAGAUCGGCUGGAGAAGAUGGCGGAGAGGGAGCGGGAGAAGGAGCUGGAGGCUAUCAAGGAGCAGUACCUGGGGUCCAAGAAGCCCAAAAAGCGUGUCAUCAAGCCCUCAGAGAAGUUCCGCUUCUCGUUCGACUGGGAGAACACGGAGGACACCAGCCGUGACAUGAACGCUCUCUACCAGACACCGCACGAAGCCCGCCUGCUAUAUGGCCGUGGCUUCCUUGCUGGAAUCGACCGGCGUGAGCAGAAGAAGGCGGCAGCUGUGUUUGAGAAGGAGACCCGUGCUGAGCAGCGGCGCAAGUUCGGUGUGGAGGACCGGCCAGAGGAUGAUGUAGCAGAUAAGAAGAAGGCUGCUGCUGCGGAGAUGUAUGAUGCCUUUGACAUGCGAGUGGACAGGCACUGGUCUGAGAAGGGGAUCGAGGAGAUGACUGAACGGGAUUGGCGCAUUUUCCGUGAGGACUUCAAUAUCUCCUAUAAGGGAUCUCGCAUACCCAGGCCGAUGCGCAACUGGCCUGAGAGCAAGCUUGGGGCUGAGCUGCUUCGUGCUAUUGAUAAGGUUGGGUACAAGAAGCCAUCGCCGAUCCAGAUGGCUGCCAUUCCACUUGGUCUCCAGCAGCGUGAUGUCAUUGGUAUUGCCGAGACAGGUUCUGGCAAGACUGCAGCUUUUGUGCUCCCUAUGCUAUCAUACAUUACUCGCCUGCCACCCAUAAGUGAGGAAAAUGAGGCCGAGGGUCCUUACGCUGUUGUCAUGGCACCUACUCGUGAGCUUGCUCAACAAAUCGAGGAAGAGACUGUGAAAUUUGCAACCUAUCUGGGUAUUAAAGUUGUCUCCAUUGUUGGUGGUCAGUCAAUUGAAGAGCAAGGUUUCAAGAUUAGGCAGGGCUGUGAGGUUGUAAUUGCAACGCCUGGUCGGCUUCUCGAUUGCUUGGAGAGAAGGUAUGCUGUGCUCAACCAGUGCAACUAUGUCGUACUCGAUGAGGCUGAUAGGAUGAUUGAUAUGGGCUUUGAGCCACAGGUUGUCGGUGUUCUUGAUGCGAUGCCAUCAAGUAACUUGAAACCUGAGAAUGAGGAAGAAGAACUAGAUGAAAAGAAAAUUUACAGGACUACUUAUAUGUUCAGUGCAACCAUGCCACCUGCUGUGGAGCGCCUUGCUAGGAAGUACCUCCGGAACCCAGUUGUUGUCACAAUUGGAACCGCUGGCAAAGCCACAGAUCUGAUAACCCAGAAUGUGAUCAUGGUGAAGGAGUCAGAGAAGAUGUCGCGUCUCCAGAAGAUACUCACAGAUCUUGGGGACAAGACAGCAAUAGUAUUCUGCAAUACAAAGAAGUCAGCGGACAACCGUGCUAAGGAUCUGGAUAAGGCAGGCUUCCGCGUCACAACCCUUCAUGGAGGGAAGUCACAAGAUCAAAGGGAGAUUAGCCUUGACGGAUUUAGGAACCGUCGGUUCAAUGUUCUUGUGGCUACUGAUGUUGCGGGCCGUGGUAUUGAUAUUCCUGAUGUUGCUCAUGUCAUUAACUAUGAGAUGCCUAGUUCAGUUGAUACAUACACACAUCGUAUUGGAAGAACGGGGCGUGCAGGAAAGAAGGGACUUGCGACUUCAUUCUUGACUCUGGAUAACACUGAUAUUUUCUUUGAUCUGAAACAGAUGCUUAUACAGAGCAAUAGUCCUGUGCCACCAGAACUUGCAAGGCAUGAGGCAUCAAAGUUUAAGCCAGGAUCAGUUCCAGAUAGACCUCCAAGAAGAAAUGACACUGUCUAUGCAUCUCACUGAACCAAUGUACCAAAAGAGUCGAAGAUCCUUCUGGAAUAUUACGAGGGGAACAUCUACUAGAAUUGCAGGGAUCUAGAUUAGUACUUAUGAGGUUAAACCAGUUCAGUGCAUUUUUUAACAGCGACCUGCCGAUCUCAAUGCUUCAGAUUCAUUUUUGUAUCAUUUUUGCAGAGGGAAAAUGUUGAACCUGAUCUUCAUUGUGGAGAUUUAUGUGGUUCUUUCAGCAUUUUAGUAAGAGAUGCGCCAGCAGGACCAUGUUUGUUCCAGGUGUUAAAAAUGGUAGGUGUCUAAACCUUUUUGUAAUUCAUCUGCUAUCCUUUGCUCUGAAUAUAAUUUUUCAUGGUUAUAGAUCGCUAAGGCCUUAAUCUAUAUGAAUAUCUCAAAUGUCUACCCACGGAUAUAUAUAAGGAUGUGCGUCUGUAUAAUAUAGAUCACUCUUUGCUCUUGUAUAUUCAGAAUGUGUGUGUGUGUGUGGUGAUUUAGUAAAUUUUGAAUAUAGAUUGUGCGUUCUACGAUUUCCGAGGGAUACCUUUCUUUUUUGAGGUAUUGUGACCUUCCGAUAUUGUUUUCCUGUUGUCUUGAGUUGGAAGGGAAAGCAGGAUGGCCCGAAGUGCUAAGAGAUCAUCAUCUUCCCAGGAUAUCAAUUCGAUAAACAUCUAGUUGGUGGGAUCUCUUUGGGUGAUGCAGAGACGAGCUGAACAAAUCCGCAGGCAGAACAAGUUCUCCUCUCGAAUUCGGUUUGCUGAAAAGUGAAGCCGCUUAAUACCUGAGAUUGGAUUGCACAUGUUAACAACACAUGUAGUAACAUGAUUUGAACUCGAGUUCCAGUUUAGCUUCAAUUCCAUUGUGUGUCUAGUGUA